AUGGCGAAUUCCGGAAAACUACCUUUCGAUCAGAACUUGUUUGUCGCGACGUCCAACGCGAUUUACUUGAGGUCGCAGCUCGCCGGGAAGAAGCUGUUUCAGUGCGAGACCGCUAAUGGCAUAGUCAACGCUCGUGCUUCAAAAGAUAACAGUAGUCUUUUUGCUGUAGCAGAUGGCCAGGUCGUGAUACUACACGACGCCACUCGAAGCAAAGAUAGGAAGUACAGACUGAAGAACGGCGAUGGCGAGCCACGGCUCCUUCUGUUCUCACCCGACUCGCGCAUCCUGUACUUCACGACAACACUGAGCAACUCGGUUCAAGCAUACUCCAUACCAAAUGACGAGCUUUUGCCUUCUCUGCCAUCACAUCCGUCUCCACCAAACGUGAUCGCGAUAUCGAGUAACGGUACUGUCCUCCUUUCAGCCUCCCCUAACCCGCCGACUAUAUACCUCCAGGACCAAAGAUGGGGACGCAGCGCGGCGGUAAACUUCCGCCCGACAGACGCUCGUUCGGCUGCUACAUGUGCUGCGUUUCAACAGCCGGACGGUCCUGCACAGUUGUCGUACACGAACUUCGUGAUUGGGUUUCAAGAUGGGCUACUAGCGAUGUACCGCCUGUUUCUACCUUCACUACGAAAGCGUUCCGAGGACUCGCAUGCACACCAAACGCAGUUCUUCCAGUUACAGCCCAUCCGAGUUGGUGUUAUCAAAAAGCUUCAUAAGCCGGCCAUGGGCGGUAUGCUAGCAGCGCAGUUCCUAUCAGGCUACAAGUCGCGGGUUGUCAGCAUUAGGCAUGAUGGCAAAUGUCGACUUGUCGACUUUGAAGGAGCGAAAGGCCCAGUACAUUCGAGAGGUCGGGCAGAUGGAGCGGUGUUGCUGAGUGGUGAUGCGACAGAAGAUGUUGGAGAGGUAUACGAGGGCAUUGAGACACUGAUCGCAAUCGGUAUGCAGGCGGGGAAAGUUCUCAUUUUCAACGUUCUCGGCCUACUAAUACAUGAAAUCGCGCUGGAAGUUUCUGUUACAGCUGUCGAAUGGGUCGGCGAUAUGACGGCACCUUCUGCCCUUCCGAUUCGCGCAUCGUCACUAUCCCCCGAGCCUCGCUCGGUGGUCGAUAUUGUCGUAGCAGAGCAACCGACAUCCUCCGACGAAGGCACGGGUACAGUCAAAAAGGUUGUAUUGGCCCACAAGCAAGCUGUGCCAAGGAAGCCAAUUCCUAUGCGACAAUCGCCAGAUCUGUUCUCCGAUGAAGCUAGAGAGGCCGGAUCCAGAAUUCCUAGUCGGAGAAGUUCAGAUGUGCUGCGAGGCUCACCCCUACGCGUCGAGCAAGUGCGCGAAAGACCCACGAAAAAGACUUUAGUACGACCGCGAAUCUCCACUGGGACAUUCGAUUCGCCCCCCAGUCCUUCUUCUAGUGACGUCCCUGAUGCCAAAGUAAUUCAAUCCUUUAUCAGAGCCGAUCCUCCAGUACAAGAAAGCCGGAGAUGGCCCCAGUCACAUCCGGCACCAAGUGUGCCGAUGCCUUUGCGAGCGCAACACUUUUCGGCCUCCCACAAAUCUGCCAGCUCGUCUCCAGAGACCGAAUUUUCAGAUGAAGAUCAGGAAUGGUUCACACCUCCCUCUACGCGAAGAUGCAAAGGGAAAGCUCCACGGCGUGAUCUGAGUCCAGAAUCAUCUCUGACUGCGCCAACCCUCGCAUCCAUACGCCCGAUGCCCUCUGCCAAAACCCCACCUACUGCUUUGGAUACGCCUAGUAGAAACUACUCUCGUCCAAUCUCCCGGAUAAUGAAAGAGGGCUCUGGUAAACACCAAGAAGAAAUGGUGGAAGGACCGAAAGGUUCAGUGAUCGUACCAAAAGUUGCUCAGCGCCGCGUUACCAUUCUGGAACCAGAACUUUCGUCGCCUUUCGAUAGCCCGAGCAGUCUAUACUCACGGGCUACUGCGCCGAUGUUGGAGAGACUCCCGGUAAGAAAGGCAAAGGAGCAUAGUGCUGGCCAGCGACCUGCCCUCUCAGUUGGGUCUAAGACUCUAAUCUUGGAGCCCGCUCUGACAAACUUCGAUCCAGUCCAGGAGCUACCCAGCGGUAUAUGCUCAUCUUCAACUUCAACACCGAGUAGAAUCAUAGACACAUCUUCCAAUCAAAGGUUCACCGACAUGGCAGGCUCAAGCGAGUUAGGGACAACGCCACAUACUCCACUGAACCGCGCUGAUGUCGCCAUCGCUGCAGACUCUUCUUCAUCUUCGCUGGAUAUACUUUAUAUUCUUCCACCCCGGCCACAUGCUGGGAUUAACUUUGUGCAAACCCAGAGCCGUCGCAAUCUAGCCACUGCAAUGCACCGACAGCUCACGCCGAGUUCGCUCGACACACGAGCGGAUUCCCCGAGCAGUGUGUACUCUCGCUCCAUCUCCGGCAUGGCCAAAGGAGGAAACCAUGCCGAUGCUGUCAUUGAAGAUACCGAUCGGUCAGGAUCGUUGAAUGCGCCCAUGGCACCGCAACAUCAACUCAGUAUUCACGCGCUCGGUACGCCGAUGUCUACCAGCUCGCCGACUAGUCUCUACUCGCGACCCACACCUCGUAUGUUUCCCGACCGCUCACAUGCUGUUGAGGGGCCGCCUGCAGAGAAGGCGAAAGAUGUCGGGUCAGGUGUUGUGACUGCCAAAGCGAGGAUGGUAGCGGAGGAAAUGAAGUGUUUGGCUGAAGACCAAAAGACGUUGAGACAGGAAGUCGCGGCGUUGAGGGAGGAGUAUCGUGUUCUCAAGGAUGUGUUGUUGAAGUCGAAGGUAUGA